AGAACAAUCAUGGAAUAUGUUUACUUUACAGUCUACUGAAAAUGCCUUUUAAUGUGAUCACAGUAUAUGUUUGUUGAAUUUUUUUCGCACGUAUACUCAAUAGAGUCCUCUUUUUGAACGAGUCGGAUGACUGAAAUCAUGUACACCAGACUGUCAUACCUAUUGGUUAUGCUGUUUUCAUUCAGUUCAAUCUGCAAAGCCUAUUAUUAUUCAUAUAAUAUUGAAGGAAAUACUUUGAUUAGUGACGACACCUAUACAUCAGUUAAUGUCCCCGGUGGAAUUCCAUUUGGAGACCAUACCUACUCUACAGUAUACUUUAGCACUAAUGGACUUCUUACAUUUCGAAAUGGAGACUCAUCCUACACACCUCCACGGUCGUCGACUGACCCACACAUAGCACCAUACUGGACAGAUUUGUAUCCUCUGGGUAGCAAUGGAGGAUACGUGUUCUAUUGUACCUAUAAUGACGUUACAACACUUACAAAGGCCACAUCCGAUGUCCGACAGUUUGGUGGAACAUCUUUGUCUUCCUUCCAGGCGAAAUGGGUUUUGGUAGUGACGUGGAGUAAAACGCCUUUUUAUCCCAGGACCAAUGGCCCUUGGGUUACUGUCCAGUGUGUUGUGAUUACGGAUCAUGUCUCUACGUAUACCAUUUUUCACUACAUCAAUGUUAAUAUACUCAAUCAAGGACACAAGAUAAGAAUAGGAUUCUAUAACGGUUCGCCUGUCAACAAUCCUUAUUCAUUUACCAAUGAUGCAUAUAUAAUGGGCCAAAUCAAGGGAAACACAGGGUUAAAUGGUGUUUGGUUUUACACAGUAGCGGCAGAUGGAAAUGACUGUGCUUCGAAUCCCUGUGUUAAUGGCGGGUGUAUCGACUUGUAUGGAGAUUUUAGAUGUAACUGCCCAGCAGGAUUCACAGGGAAAAGGUGUAAUAUAGAUAUAAAUGAAUGUCAGGCCUUUCCCUGUGAUAAGGGGACGUGUCACAAUACGGAGGGGAGUUACUACUGCUCUUGUCAAGUGGGAUGGACGGGACAAAACUGUACGAACGACGCUAAUGAGUGUACAACAACACCUUGCCUUAAUGGCGGAAGAUGUGUAAACAAUGUAGGAUCGUUUUCUUGCAUCUGUACACCAGGCUGGACAGGACCAGUUUGUGAAGUAGAUGUUAAUGAAUGUAAUACACAGCCCUGUUAUAAUGGACAGUGUCAUAAUACCGAUGGAAGUUAUAACUGUGAAUGUAAAGGAGGGUGGAUGGGAAAACAUUGCAAUAUAGAUAUAAAUGAAUGCUUAAAGUAUGCCGGUAUCUGUAAUCAUGGAAAAUGUGAAAAUACACAUGGUUCUUUCUACUGCAAUUGUACUCAUGGAUGGAGCGGCCCUAAUUGCACUCAAGACAUUGAUGAGUGUGCAACAUCAUCGCCAUGUUGCAAUGGAGGAAGUUGCGUGAACAACCCAGGGUCGUUUUCCUGCAACUGUACACCUGAGUGGACCGGGUCAAUCUGUGAAAAAGAUGUUGAUGAAUGUGACGGCAUAACUUGUAACAAUGAUGGAGUUUGCUACAAUAUCCCUGGAAAUUAUUUUUGCCAAUGUCGUCAAGGUUUUACAGGAAAUCAUUGUAAUACAGACAUAGAUGAAUGUAGGACAUCUACUAGCAGCUGCCAUAAUGGGGGUGUCUGUGUAAAUAAUCAAGGUUUUUCAACGUGUAAAUGUGACAGCAGAAAAGGGUACAUCGGGCAAUAUUGUGAAGAAGAUGUCCAAGAAUGUGAUCUUGACAUAACACCCUGUCUUAGUAACGGGACAUGCAUUAAUACCCGUGGCUCCUUCAACUGUGCGUGUGAACAUCAGUGGAAAGGAGAAUUUUGUCAGAAUGAAAGAAAUGCAUGCAGUGAAACACCUUGUAAAAACGGAGGGAUCUGUGAAUUGGUGAAUGAUACAUUCGUCUGCAAUUGCCCUCGGGGUUUUCAAGGGGAUAUGUGUGAAACAGCCCUCCCUGCUUGUUCCUAUGAUCCGUGCAAAAACAAAGGUACUUGUCAUGAGACGAAUGGCAGUGUAACCUGUGAUUGUUCCCCUGGAUUUACAGGACAGUACUGUACAAAUGAUAUUAACGAGUGUUUGCCUUCUCCCUGUAUGAACAAUGGUCUAUGUGUCAACACAGCUGGAAGUUUUAUUUGUGUCUGCCAGUCAGGAUACACAGGCAAACUCUGUGAUUUGGGACCUUGUGAUGCUGUAAACUGUCAAAAUAAUGGUACAUGUGUUGUUCACGGAUCCUCAUCAGUUUGUCCGUGUUCACCUGGUUUUACAGGAAUUAACUGUGACGAAGAUAUUAAUGAAUGUGAUUUGGAUCCAUGUGCAGAAAAUAACACAUGCAACAAUACACUUCGUGGUUUUGAAUGUAAACAUUGCAACACUUCUCUCGAAAACUGCACAACUGUUGGAAUUGAUGCUUGCAACAAUUAUUGUCAAAACGGUGGUCUGUGUUUGGGAAACAACGGCAAAAAUAACUCCUCCAUUUGCCUCUGUAGACAAGGGUGGACGGGGAGUAACUGUGAUACAGCAAUUGACUUCUGUGAGAACACUUCUUGUCAAAACAACGGAUCUUGUCAAUCUGCUCCUGGCAACUUCACUUGUAAUUGUUCAUCUGGAUUCAAUGGAGAAUAUUGUGAAACAGAUAUUGAUGAAUGUAUAUACGAACCGUGUUUCAACAAUGGGAACUGCACAAAUCUUAAUGGAAGCUACGUUUGUUCCUGUACAGAUGAGUUCCGAGGUUCACAAUGUCAACUAGAAGUCGAUCAGUGUAUUUCAUCCCCAUGCAAAAGUAAUGCAACAUGCCGACCGGAAUAUGGAUCCUUUUCUUGCAUUUGUAAUUAUGGUUGGACUGGGAACAUGUGCCAACAAGAUGUUAAUGAAUGCCUGGCAAAUCCUUGCUAUGGCAACAGCAACUGUGAAAAUAUUGCCGGCUCGUACGUUUGUUACUGUCCAUCAGAGAGAACAGGGAGCAACUGUGAACUAGAUUAUAAUGAGUGCCUGUCAAACCCUUGCCAUCAUGGAGUCUGUAUGAAUCUUUAUGGUGGAUUUACUUGUGUUUGUGAGACUGGAUUUAAUGGGACUAUUUGCAAUGAAGAUAUUGAUGAAUGCAAGGAGGAUCCUUGCACCAAUAACGGGACAUGCAUCAACUCGGAGGGAAGUUAUCAUUGUAUUUGUGGUACACGGUGGACGGGAGACAAAUGUCAGACAGAUGUUAACGAGUGUUCUUUGAUUGGAUGUAGAAAUAAUGGAACAUGUAGAAACACUGAAGGUUCCUUCCACUGCCAAUGUAAUAGUUUCUACACGGGAAUAUACUGCGAAGAAGAUAUAAAUGAAUGCGUAACACAAUCUGGAAUUUGUAAAAAUGGAGGGACUUGUGAAAACAUUUGUGGAAGUUACAAAUGUCACUGUACUGAAGGGAACUCUGGUAGCAACUGUGAUGGAGAUAUUGAUGAGUGCAAAGAAUGGACUGAUCCAUGUAAACAUGGAGGACAAUGUACCAAUACCAAGGGUUCAUUUUAUUGUAACUGUACUUCAAACUGGACCGGAAGUACCUGCGAAGAAGAUGUAAACGAAUGCAGGUGCUCGCCAUGUCAACACAAUGGAGUAUGCUACAAUUAUGAUGGAGGAUUCAAUUGCACUUGUGUACCUGGGUAUAAAGGAGCACUUUGUGCAAUAGAUGUCAACGAAUGCACCGAGUACACAAUAGAUCCACCAUGUAAACAUGGCGCCCAGUGCAUCAAUAACAUGGGUUCUUUUUACUGCAACUGUACUUCAAACUGGACCGGAAGUGUUUGCCAAGAAGAUAUUAAUGAAUGCCGGAAAUUUCCUUGCGAGAACAAUGGAACAUGCUACAACUUUGAUGGAGGAUUCAACUGUACUUGUGAGGCAGGGUUUACCGGAGCCCUUUGUGAAUUAGACAUCAAUGAAUGCCUGUCAGACCCUUGUAAAAAUCACGGUUUUUGUCAGAACACAUUUGGAUCAUUUUAUUGUGAUUGCUUAAAUAACUGGGAUGGAAAAUUUUGCGAAAUAGACUUGUGUAAGACGAGGCCAGUUCAGCUAGUAUUUGUUGUCGAUACAUCUUUCAGCACAUCAGUAAGAGGAUUUCAACAACAAAAAGACUUCAUCUCUGAUAUCGUUUCAAGAAUUACUCUUGCAGAUGAUAAAUUCAAGAUAGCGGUUGCAUCAUAUGGGACUAAAACAAAUAUUGACGUAAGGUUCGAUUCCUACCAAAACAAUAAAACAUUACUUUUUGAACAAAUAUCAAAUCUUUCAUUCAUGAAUGGAACAAGUGACAUUCACAAUGCAUCGUACACCGUUAGGGAUAUCUUAAAUGUUACUAAAGGAGGUAACCAGUUUGUUUUAUUUUUCACGGACGGAAUGCCAUCUAAUUUACAACUUGCUAUAAACGGAACAGGAGAGUUGCGGGCCCGUCUGCUAAACUCAAGUUCCCAUAAUGCUUUGCUGUUUGUAUCGUUUGGUGAUGACGUCAGACAUGUUGGUUUUAAGAAAAUGUCAGGAGAUCCGAGAUACAAGGAUGUGUUCAGUCAUAUUUCAAUGAACCCAUUUUAUCAUCUAGUAAGAAAGUUGAUGGACGAAAAAUGUACAGCUUGCUAUUACCAAGAGAUGGUGGAUAUUAUGUUUGUUCUUGAUGUAUCUUCAGUUUUACCUCUUAGUACGUUCUCUGGUAGUUUAAGCACAAUCUUUUCGAUUUUGAAGCGCCUGAAACCAUUUGUUGUGCUAUCGCCGAACCGUACUCAACUAGGAGCGGUGUACUUCUCAAACGAACCUCAUCUGUCAAUGCAGCUAAAUCAAACAACGGAUUUUAAUAGUUUUGCUAGUAAACUUAUGAUCAUUUCACAGGACAGUCAUGAAUUUCAAAAUGCCACUUCCAACGUAGCGAAAGCUUUGGAAUAUGCAAGAUCUCAUCUCUUAUCGCCAGAACAUGGUGCGAGAAAUUCGUCCAGAAAACUAAUCAUACAUGUCUACACUGGAUUUGAUUCCAAUGCCACAAAGUCUGCAGAAGUGGUAAAAUCGCUAACGUAUGAUCAAACCACUGUUCUUUCAGUAGGAGUUGGAGACCAAUACAAAGAUGAUGAUGUUUUAAAGACUGCUUCCAGCUCUUUUCAUGCAUUUUUUGCUGAAUAUGAUGGAAGGAAAGCUAAAUGGGGACUGUCAGAAACAGAAUUAGAAUUUAUUGAAAAUAUUGACCAUUUAACAUGUACAGAAAGAAUAAAUGCUUAAUCUAUAUGUAACAUCUAAUAAAAUACAAGGCAAUACUC